AUGGCUAUCGCUGAUGCCCAGGCACAUUCAGACACGCUGGAAUGGCAUUACUUAGGCAUGCAAAGGGCCCUCUUUCUGACGGUGUUUGUCUGCAUCGUUGCUGGUUUUCUGUUUCUUUGCUCCUCUUGGUAUCUCGAGGCUGCUAAAGAACGCGUCCGCUUCAUAAUUGAUGCCUCGCGCCAACGGUAUGUGGAAGUCGAAGACACAAGUGCAGACGACGAACCGGGCGUUCAAGUGGCGUCCGUGUCUUGGGAGGACCCUACUCCACAGUCCUCCUGUGCUGUCGUUGUUGCCUGA